AUACCCCUAAGGUCAUUUACAAUACUUGUUUGCGCUGGGUAAACAAUUCCAGCUCAAGAUCAAGAGUUUGCAUUUGAGUGUACACCUAAGGUGAUUUGUUGUCUAAGUUAUUUUGACAAGUGACACAAGUUGUGUGUGUGUUUGCGAAGUUAGUGUUUCCCAGUGCGCUUGAACGCAGCGCCAAGGUUGGUUUCUACAGCAACGGUUGGCAACAGACGAAGAUGGUUUAUAUUACAGAGGAUCUCAUUCGACGGCGAUCUGAGCACAACGAGUGCCAAAUAUUCUCCCUGGAGGAGGUAUCUCUGCACCAGCAGGACAUCGAGAGGAUCGAGUACAUUGACAGGUGGUGUAGGGACCUGAAGAUCCUCUACCUGCAGAACAACCUCAUUCCGAGGAUUGAGAACGUGGGCCGCCUAAAGAAGCUGGAGUACUUGAAUCUGGCCUUGAACAACAUUGAGGUCAUUGAAAACCUUGAAGGUUGCGAGAGUCUUCGCAAGUUGGACCUGACAGUGAAUUUUGUGGCUCGUCUGAGCAGCGUGGAGACGCUGAAAGACAACGUCCACCUGCGAGAGCUCUUCCUAGUGGGGAACCCCUGCACUCAAUUUGAAGGCUAUAGAGAGUUCGUGCUGGCCUUGCUGCCACAGCUCAAGUCACUGGAUGGGACCGACAUCACAAAGUCAGAGAGGAUCAGAUCAUCUCAGAGGCUAGAGGAAGUGAGGAGACGUGUCCAGGAGCAGGAGGAGGAAUAUGUGAAGAGGAGAGCCGAAGAGAAGGAGGCGGCACAGAGGAAGGAGACAGGAGAAGAGACAGGAAGCCAGGAGAGGGAAGGAGUCCUCUGCAGUCCCACCUUGGAAAAGAAGCAGAAGAUGGUGGAGACUACGGAGUCAGAUGAGGAGCGACGGGAGAAGGAAUUCUGGAACACUCCGUGUCCUUUCACCCCAGAAUCUCGUCUGGAGGCUCACCACCACCUGGAGGAGAAGAGGCGGGCCAAGGAGAAAAACAACAAAAAGAAAGCAAAGCCUCCAAGGACUCUGAUAACGGCUGAUGGACGAGUCCUGAACGUCAAUGAGCCCAAGCUGGACUUUUCUCUGACUGAAGAUGACAACAACAACAGUAUGCUCCUAGACCUGCCAGUGUACAGACACAUGGACACCUCCUUGAUGGAUGUGGACGUGCAGCCAACGUACGUCAGAGUCACCAUCAAAGGAAAGAUAUUUCAGUUGCUUCUGCCAGCUGAGGUCAAACCUGACAGCUCGACAGCUCAAAGAUCCCAAGCUACAGGCCACCUCCUCUUGACAAUGCCAAGGGCUCAAGGUGAAAUCAAGGUGACAAAGGACCACCACUAUCGACACUCACUUGACGACAAGAAGAGAGAGCAGAAUAUUCCAGAGAGGCUGGAGGUAGACUCCAGCAAAGCCAUGGACUUCGCCAACAUCGUACCACACCACAAGGCCACCGAAGGUCCACUGGAAGCAUCUCCAUGGAGUCAAACCGCUGUUCCAUGCUGUGAUGUUCCCUCUGAGGACUUUGUGGACAAUCCAGACGUGCCGCCACUCAUUUAGUCCUCCUGAUUCCACUCUCUCCUGUGGACCCACCCCCUCCCAGGUUAUACAAAGUGCUCAUCCAGUAAGCAGCCAGACCUACAGUGCAUCGUCUAAUUCCCCAGUGCAGUCAUAAGUGUUUCACAGCUCCGUGGAUGUCAAAGAAGACCUGUCAUCAUCACUGCAUGACAGUUAUGAUAUGCUGUCAUUCUAUUGUGCUAUCAUGCUGUCAUGCUAACCUGGUCGAUUGAAGAAAAAGAUGAAGAUGAUCGGAUGAAAAUGUUGGGUCUGCAGUGCUCACAUAACAAAAAAAGAAAAUCAAUCUGCUUGCCUGAUUUUUGGGCCUCAUAGCAAAAUGUCCCCUGAAAGGCUCAGCAGUCACAACCUCUCCAUGUUCAGCAGAAGAAUUUGUGAGAAAAGUACGAAAACCAUCCAUGUUGUAUCAGACUGGUACCUACAUUAAGUAAAAAAACAAAAACACCUGUAUCUUCCUCUGCUCUACUCAUUGAUUUCUGUCUGUUGCC